AUGCCUACCCCCCGCCGCACAGUAGCGUCAAGCUCAACAUCCACUCCCGUGACGCACCACAUCUCGGCAGACGAGCUGGCCAUCGCCGAGGCGCAAGAUCUUUUGAGCGAGGACGAGGACGCCGGCCCCAGUGAGCUGCUCAGCCCGCGUGCGAGGCGACAUGCCGCCUUGACGCGUGCCCGCGACGCCAGUGCCGACCCGUCGAGCACGCCCACUCGCGCUACCAUGUCUGGUGUUUUGGCCACGGCGGCAGCAGCUACGGGCACGCCCAGUGCAAGCACCAGCGGUGCCGGAGCCCGCUCGGCCCGCGCCGGUGGCGAGGGAGAAGCUUCGGCGGGUUCUGUUGGGGAGGGUUCCGGCUCCGAGAGCUCUGCAAGUGAGAGCGACUCGGACGACUCGGACUCGGAGGACGACAGCGACGACAGUGACAGUGACAGUGACAGUGACAGCGACAGCGACGACGAGGACGAGCUCGAGCGCAUGCUGGCUGCGGCCAAAGUCACCGCCGCCAAAUCCGCAAAGGGCGCCAAGCCAAAGUCGGGCUCUGCCACCACCACCCACGGCCACACUGCGCUGGGCGAGGACGCCGACGGCGAGUUCAAGUUUGAAACCGAGGAUGCAAAGGACGCCCCCAUCCCAGACCUCUCGGUCCCCCAGCUGCCUCCUCAAGUGCUCUCGUUCGCCGAGGACGGCACUGCGCGUUCUGGAUCUGGGGAGGCGGGCCCGUCCAAGCUGCGCGGCGCCGACAUUGCGCCCGAGCUCGACCGGGGAGCAUACCAGCGUACCCUGAGCAAGCGCGAGAAGCUGUCUCAGCCAAAGAAGGCCACUGCCUCGGAACUCUGGGCGACUAUCCCCUCGGCUCGUGCCGACGACCUCGCGCAGAUGAAGCGCGACUACCAGGCGCUGGCGCUGGCCAACACGCUCGACCCCAAGCGCUUCAUGAAGGGUGGCAACCGCGCAGGCAAGGUUCCCGAGCACUUUGCUAUCGGCACCAUGGUCGACGCUCCCCGCCACCUCCAGGACACGACUGUGCGCAAGGAGCGCAAGUACCGCGCUGGCGAGAUUGUGUCUGGUCUCAUCCAGGACGGCGAGGUUGGCACGUAUGCCAAGCGCAAGUUUGAGGACCUCCAGGACAAGCGCAUGGCCAACGGCCGCGGCAAGGGAUGGAAGAAGCGCUCCAAGUGGUAG